AUGAAUGACUGCCAUGCCUUUGGAGAGAGAUUGCAUAGCAAUUCCGUUGGUAUCGAUGUGUUUUGUGGUAAAAUAGCGAAGUCUUUAGAAGACCUCGGCAUUCUUACAGAUGACAAAAUAUCUGGUGCUAUGCAAAUGUUCCUUCUGAACUACCUUCGCCAAGUUGAAAGUUUGCUGCGUCUGAUUAGAGCUUCACGGCAAGGUGACCUAAAGCUCUACAUGCCAGCUCUACAAGAGCAAGUCAAGUAUUAUUUUGCACGUACAUGAAUUGUACAUGCAAAAUUGUACAUGCUGAAUUGUACAUGCUGUGUUGCAACAGCUGAAAGAGGAUGAUGUGGAAACAUGGAGUUCGCUUGAGGAGAACUUUAGCGUGAUCAGGUCAGGCAUUCCAUUCACAAACCUUUUCGUUGAUCAAACAUUAGAACAACAGAUUCGUGGUCUCAAAGUUGCAGGGGGUAUCACUGGGAUUACUCAAAACGAAUCAGCACUUGACAGGUAUUUGUUAAUUGCCCCAGAGACUAAGCGUAUCGUGGACGAGUUUCAAGCAAGUCACGAUGCACGUCACAGAAAGAAGAGGAUGCAUCAUUAA